GCGAUACAACAUUGUCUACUCUGACCAGCUUUCUUCGUUUUGUCUUUCCAGCACUUCCUCGUCUCUCUCUCUUCAGCAAUCCAAAUUCCAAACCCAGAACCAGAAGAUUUCUUCAUAUUUUGAAAAUCAUUACUAGGAAGAAGAAGAAAAAAUUCGAAUAUUUGUGUAUCCAGCUUCAACUUCACCCAUUUUAGGUCCCAUCUCGUGUUGUUUCUUUUGUCUACUUGGUGGAAAAGCAGUGCUGGGGGAAAAAGUAGCAGAACACAACAAAAAAACAACGCAAGGAGAAAACCCUAAAACCCACCGCUAGUCUUUAAUAGUAGGAACAAGAACUUUUUUGGGGUCAAAGUUUCAUUCAUUGGUUCCAUUCUCACAUUUUCUCUCUCUCUCUCCCAGACCACAUUUUUGAGGAAAACAAAAUAAAAACCCCAUUUAUGGUCUGAGCAAGAACUAGUUUGUACACUGCGCUUGGGAGAGAGAAACCAACCAAAGCCUCAGCAAGAAUGGCGAAUCCAAGACCCUUUUUGAAUCUGAACAAAACCCAGUUCUUGUUUUUUUUUCUAAGUUUAGCUAAUGUCGCUUUGGUGAGCUCCAAGUCCACCAUCGAGCCCUGUUCCAACUCCGACUCAUGCAACGCCAUGCUCGGCUACACUGUCUACACCGAGCUCAAAGUCUCAGAGGUAGCUUCCCUCUUCCAAGUGGACCCCAUUGCUAUCCUCACCGCCAAUGCCAUCGACAUUUCGUACCCCGAUGUCGAGAACCACAUUCUACCAUCUCAGCUCUUCCUCAAAAUCCCCAUUACCUGUUCUUGCGUCGAUGGGAUCCGAAAAUCUGUCUCGACCCAUUACAAGACCCGACCCUCUGAUUCUCUGUCGUCGAUUGCUGAUUCGGUUUAUUCGGGUCUGGUCUCGGCGGAUCAGAUUAGGGAGGCUAAUUCGAUCUCCGACCCGUCUGUUCUCGAUGUGGGACAGAACCUUGUGGUGCCUCUUCCUUGUACUUGUUUUAAUGGCACCGAUAACUCUUUGCCUGCUAUUUACUUGUCUUAUGUGGUCAAACCUGUGGACUCGCUGACAGCCAUUGCUGCCAAGUAUUCCACCACCAUUACCGACUUGAUGAAUGUUAAUGCCAUGGGAAGUACCUCUAUUAAGGCUGGUGACAUACUUGCGGUUCCAUUGCCUGCUUGUGCCUCAAACUUCCCCAAAUACGCCUCAGAUUUUGGCUUAAUUGUUCCUAACGGGAGCUAUGCCAUUUCAGCAAGCCACUGUGUUCAGUGCAGUUGUGGACCAGGAAGUCUCAAUUUGUACUGCAUGCCUGCUUCAUUAGCGGUUUCAUGUUCCAGUAUGCAAUGUAAAAACAGUAACCUUAUGGUUGGAAAUUCUACGAUACAGCAGACUAGUGCUGGUUGCAACGUUAGUUCUUGUAAUUAUGGUGGUUUCGUAAAUGGCACCAUUGUCACAACGCUUUCAACUUCUCUUCAACCUCGCUGCCCAGGUCCUCUAAAGUUUCCUCCACUUAUAGCACCACCUUCAUCGGUAAUUAGAGAUUCAAUAUUUGCACCAUCACCUUCUCCUCAGUCUGAUGUUGUUGGAGCGUUGACACCGAGGUCUUCAUUAGUGCCAGCAACAGGUGGUUCUCUUCCAGGAAUGGCUCCUAUUGGUGGCCCUAUGGGGAGUUCUUCCGACGCUUGUUCAUUGGUGAACCCUUUAACUACUUCUGCAAUUGCAACCUUUUUAUUUUUCUCUUUCAAGCUCUUAUUUGCCAUCUUGUAAUAGUUUUGCUUAUUUUAGAAGCAAGGUUUUGUCCUGCGUGGUUUGCUUAAUUUCUUUGUUUAGUUUCUUAUUCUGUUGUAUUUAACAUUUGCUCUAUUUAUCUCAAACUGUUGAAUUGAAACUUUGACAAUUGGGGUAUGUGGCUUAUAUUAUGGGAUUUUGGAGAUUA